UUGUCCUUACCCCUGACGUCAGAUCUUGCUUCCAUAAAACCCCCAAGGGCUGUGGGACGAGGCGUAUCUGGUGCCUCUGAUGGGCUGGGCCAGUCUCGGCCCGGCUCCCCCGAGAGGUGGUGGGUCCUCUGGGCUGCUCGGUCGAUGCCUUUGCCACUGAUUUCCAGGCAUGAGGUGGUUCCUGCCCUGGACGUUGGCAGCAGUGACGGCAGCAGCCGCGGGCAGUGCCAUGGCCACGGCCCUCUCUCCAGCCCCCACGGCCACGGCCUUCACCCCGGCGCCCCUGGAGGACACAUCUUCACGCCCCCAAUUCUGCAAGUGGCCAUGUGAGUGUCCGCCGUCCACACCCCGCUGCCCACUGGGGGUCAGCCUCAUCACAGACGGCUGUGAAUGCUGUAAGAUGUGUGCACAGCAGCUCGGGGACAACUGCACGGAGGCUGCCAUCUGUGACCCCCACCGGGGCCUCUACUGCGACUACAGUGGGGACCGCCCGAGGUACGCAAUAGGAGUGUGUGCACAGAUGGUCGGCGUGGGCUGCGUCCUGGACGGGGUGCGCUACAACAACGGCCAGUCCUUCCAGCCCAACUGCAAGUACAACUGCACGUGCGUGGAUGGCGCGGUGGGCUGCACGCCACUGUGCCUCCGCGUGCGCCCCCCGCGCCUCUGGUGCCGACACCCGCGGCGGGUGAGCUUGCCGGGCCGCUGCUGUGAGCAGUGGGUGUGUGACGAUGAUGCCAGGAGGCCACGCAAGACAGCGCCGCGCCACACGGGCGCCUUAGCGGCCAUGGCCGAGGUUGAACCCUGGCACAGGAACUGCAUAUCCUACACGAGCCCGUGGAGCCCCUGUUCCACCAGCUGUGGCCUGGGGAUCUCCACGCGGAUCUCCAAUGUCAACGCCCGCUGCUGGCCUGAGCAAGAGAGCCGCCUCUGCAAUCUACGGCCCUGUGACGUGGACGUCCGUCUGCACAUCAAGCUCCUGGGGCAGGCCACACCUGUGUGCACCACGUGA